GUAGCAUGAAAAGACGACCCCUGCUCGAUCCAUCCUCCUCUGACGUCGAUCUCUGUAUAUUCUCAUGUGUGGCAUUCUGUUCACCCUCAGACACAAGAGACGUCCACUGGCUAACGACCGGGCGGCUUCUCGUCUGGAAGUAGCGAAACGUGGACCCGACGCCCUUCAAUCCAUCUGCGUCGACCUAGCCAUUCCAGGAUCAGGAUUGGAGCUCGAGCUGGAAUUUACGUCCUCCGUACUAGCUCUGAGAGGUGACAACAUAGUAUCUCAACCGCUUCGGGGUGAUGGCCAGAUCUUUUGCUGGAACGGCCAAGUAUUCCGCGGCCUGGAGGUAGCAAAGCAUGAGAACGAUACAAGCAAGAUCUGGGAGCAGGUCUGCGACGGGCAGGCUAUAACGGAUGUCUUGGGAAGAGUCGAGGGGCCGUUCGCCUUUCUACACUACAGAGAGGACACCAGAACCAUCACCUUUGGGCGGGAUAGACUCGGUCGCCGAUCACUCUUGAUCAAUACCGAAGCAGACACAGGGAUGCUUACGAUCACUAGCGUCAGCUCGAAAGUCGAAAACGAAGCCACAGCCAAUGGCGCCUUUCAGGAAAUCGAUUGUUCCGGAUUCUGGCAGAUGGAGGUGGAUAAAGUCGGCUUGAACGAGUCAGGUGGACUCGAUUAUACAAAGGCAUUAAGGCUUCUCGGGCGACCGACGACAUCCGCUUUUGGAGCCAUACCUCGCAUGUCACGGGCCUUCUCCGAGACCGAUAUUUCCGACGGACCCGAUCCUUGCCCGCCAGCGGGGGUUUUGCAUCAAUUUGUCGCUGGACUACGCGAGAGCGUACGGCUCAGGGUAGAAAACAUCCCUCCUGCAGCAACUUCAAGCUCAAGCCGGCUUGCCAUCUUGUUCUCCGGUGGCCUCGAUUGCACCUUUUUGUCCCAUCUGGCUUCUCUAGAGCUCCCACAAGACGAGCCUAUCGACUUGCUAAAUGUAGCUUUCGAAAAUCCCCGUUCCAUUGCCGCAGCCGAGGAUCUGCUUCAGCGUCAAUCGGCCAGGCGAAGCAAGAGUACAACAGAGGUUCCGAAAGAUGCUUCAGCAGAGAUCACGGGCGAUAUCUACGACGUCCCGGACCGCUUGACGGGAAAGCAAAGCGUCGACAUGCUCCGCAAGUUACACCCAGAUCGGAAUUGGCGGUUCAUCGAAAUAAAUAUUGAUUACCAGGAAUCACAAGCUCAUCGAGAGCGCAUCCUAGAGCUCAUGCAUCCAUCAGAUACAGAGAUGGACCUGAGCCUGGCGAUGCCGCUAUAUUUCGCAGCACGGCGGCAAGGCCACUGGCAAGGUCAUGGCCCCUACUCUAGUGAAGCCAAAGUCUUGCUGAGUGGUUUGGGAGCAGACGAAUUGUUAGGUGGAUAUGCGCGACAUAGGAGGGAUUUCAAUCUCAAAGGCUGGAUGGCCGCCAUCGAUGAAAUGCAGAUGGAUAUCGACCGAAUACCAACCCGUAAUCUCGGUCGAGACGACCGCAUCAUCUCCUCACAUGGUGUGGAGACUCGAUUUCCGUAUCUCGACAUGGCUUUUAUGCAAUGGGUCGCGGAACUGCCCAUCUGGAUGAAAUGCGAUCUGAGAGCUCCGGAAGGCAAGGGAGACAAGAGUCUCUUGCGAUGUGCCGCUCGACAGGCGGGUAUGGGCGCGGUAUCAGAAUUCAAAAAAAGGGCCAUGCAGUUCGGAACGCGUGCGGCAAGAAUGCAUCCUGAGGAGAAGGGAACAAAGCAGAGAGGUCUAGGCGCGAAGAAGGUCGAAAGAUAAUCUCGACCAAUCGCACGACGGUUUAGUUAGGCGCCAUAUAAUGCGGUGUAAGCGUAGGACGAUCCAACCGACAUUUUGAA